GUAGAUAUAAAUCCAUAAAUAGCUGAGAUGUCAUUCCCAACCCCAGUUCUUAAGCCAUUCUGGCCAUUCCUUGCAGGUGCUUCUAUUACCUACUUCUUGGUCUACAAGGGUUCCGUUGCUUCUAUGAACUCUGACGAAUUCAUCAAUGACCCAAGACACCCUAGAUUUGCUACCGGUGGUAAGUUCAUUGAUUUGGAAAAGAAGGAUUAGUUAGACUUAUGAUUGGCGCGUACAUCGCAUAAGAAUAGAAAAUAUAUUAAAUGUUUAA